CCUCAGGAGAGGCAGUGGCUUCGGAAAGUCACCAGCUAGCUGAUAUUAACAUAGCCCACAACAGAACGCUGUUGCUAGAAAUAGGACUGUGACACUACUCCCAGUAGGCGAUUUGCAUUCUGUGGACCGGCCCCUCUGAAUUCCUCCUGGCUCCUUUGCCCUUUCGGGCACAGCAUUGCUGGACGCUGCCAGGCAGCAUUCCCACUUGGCUGUCUGGGUUCACCAGGAACUCCACCCCAAUAGAGGAAGCUGUGAGGAGAGGAACAUUUGCCUUGCUUGCAGGGAAGUGGCUCUCGGCUACCAACCAAUCUUCAGGCAUCUAAGGCAUCUCCGAGUUUUUGGGUUUCCUAUGAUCGCUGACCAAGAAGGGCAGACAAAGAUCCUCCCGCUUUCCUCACUAUGGAUAAUCUGUUGCCUCCAUCUAAGCUCUCUUAUUUCAAGAAACACCCUCUCCACGCCAUUAGGAGGUAUUUGGCCACGCUGCGAAGCCAGAGAGCGGAAGAACAGGUUGCACGUUUUCAAAAACUACCUAAUGGUGAAAAUGAGACAAUGAUUCCUGUAUUGACAUCCAAAAAAGCAAGUGAAUUACCAGUCAGUGAAGUUGCAAGCAUUCUCCAAGCUGAUCUUCAGAAUGGUUUAAACAAGUCUGAAGUUAACCAUAGGCGGGCCUUCCAUGGCUGGAAUGAAUUUGACAUCAGUGAAGAUGAGCCACUGUGGAAGAAGUAUAUUUCCCAGUUUAAAAACCCCCUUAUCAUGCUGCUUCUGGCUUCUGCAGUCAUCAGCGUCUUAAUGCAUCAGUUUGAUGAUGCCGUCAGUAUCACUGUGGCAAUACUUAUUGUUGUUACAGUUGCCUUUGUUCAGGAAUACCGUUCAGAAAAAUCUCUCGAAGAAUUGAGUAAACUUGUACCACCAGAGUGCCACUGUGUACGUGAAGGCAAACUGGAGCAUACGCUUGCCCGAGACUUGGUUCCAGGCGACACCGUCUGUCUGUCUGUCGGUGACAGAGUUCCUGCCGACUUACGCUUGUUUGAGGCUGUGGAUCUUUCCAUCGAUGAAUCCAGCUUGACCGGAGAGACAACCCCUUGUUCCAAAGUCACAGCCCCUCAGCCGGCUGCGGCUAAUGGGGCUCUGGCAUCCAGAAGCAACAUCGCCUUCAUGGGAACUCUGGUCAGGUGUGGCAAAGCAAAGGGUAUUGUCAUUGGAACAGGAGAAAAUUCUGAAUUUGGGGAAGUUUUUAAAAUGAUGCAAGCAGAAGAGGCACCAAAGACUCCCUUGCAGAAGAGCAUGGACCUCCUGGGCAAGCAGCUCUCGUUCUACUCCUUCGGGAUAAUAGGUAUAAUCAUGUUGGUUGGCUGGUUACUAGGAAAAGACAUCCUGGAAAUGUUUACUAUUAGUGUGAGUUUGGCUGUAGCAGCAAUUCCUGAAGGUCUCCCCAUUGUGGUCACCGUGACACUGGCCCUUGGGGUUAUGAGAAUGGUGAAGAAAAGGGCCAUUGUGAAAAAACUGCCUAUUGUUGAAACCCUGGGCUGCUGUAAUGUGAUUUGCUCAGACAAAACUGGCACAUUGACAAAGAACGAAAUGACUGUAACACACAUAUUCACUUCAGAGGGUCUACAUGCUGAGGUCACUGGUGUUGGCUAUAAUCAAUUUGGAGAAGUGAUCGUUGACGGUGACGUCGUUCAUGGGUUCUAUAAUCCAGCUGUUAGCCGAAUUGUUGAGGCGGGCUGCGUGUGCAAUGAUGCCGUCAUUCGAAACAACACUCUGAUGGGGAAGCCGACAGAAGGCGCCUUGAUCGCCCUUGCAAUGAAGAUGGGCCUCGAUGGCCUUCAGCAGGACUACAUCCGGAAAGCGGAGUACCCGUUCAGCUCGGAGCAGAAGUGGAUGGCUGUUAAAUGUGUGCACCGAACCCAACAGGACAGACCAGAGAUUUGUUUUAUGAAGGGCGCUUAUGAGCAGGUGAUUAAGUACUGCACCACAUACCACAGCAAAGGGCAGUCCUUGAUGCUGACGCAGCAGCAGAGAGAUCUGUACCAAGAGGAGAAGGCGAGAAUGGGCUCAGCAGGGCUCCGAGUUCUUGCUUUGGCGUCUGGCCCUGACCUGGGACAGCUGACAUUUCUUGGCUUGGUGGGAAUCAUCGAUCCUCCCAGAACUGGCGUGAAAGAAGCUGUUACAACUCUCAUCGCCUCGGGAGUGUCCAUCAAAAUGAUCACCGGGGACUCGCAGGAGACUGCCGUCGCAAUCGCAAGUCGUUUGGGAUUGUAUUCUAAGACUUCCCAGUCGGUUUCUGGAGAAGAAAUAGAUGCCAUGGAUGUCCAACAGCUCUCACAGAUUGUGCCCAAGGUUGCAGUGUUUUAUAGAGCUAGUCCCAGGCACAAGAUGAAAAUUAUUAAGUCUCUACAAAAGAACGGGUCGGUUGUAGCCAUGACGGGGGAUGGAGUGAACGAUGCAGUUGCCCUGAAGGCUGCGGACAUCGGCGUUGCGAUGGGGCAGACGGGCACAGACGUUUGCAAAGAGGCCGCAGACAUGAUCCUUGUGGAUGACGACUUCCAAACCAUCAUGUCUGCAAUUGAAGAGGGUAAAGGGAUUUAUAAUAACAUUAAAAACUUCGUUAGAUUUCAGUUGAGCACGAGUAUAGCUGCAUUAACUUUAAUCUCAUUGGCUACAUUAAUGAACUUUCCUAACCCUCUGAACGCCAUGCAGAUCUUGUGGAUUAAUAUUAUUAUGGAUGGACCCCCAGCUCAGAGUCUUGGAGUAGAGCCGGUGGAUAAAGAUAUCAUCCGCAAACCUCCUCGCAACUGGAAGGACAGCAUUUUAACUAAAAACUUGAUACUCAAAAUUCUUGUUUCAUCAAUAAUUAUUGUCUGUGGGACUUUGUUUGUCUUCUGGCGUGAGCUGCGAGACAACGUGAUAACCCCUCGGGACACGACCAUGACUUUCACAUGCUUUGUGUUUUUUGACAUGUUCAAUGCACUGAGCUCCAGAUCCCAGACCAAGUCUGUGCUGGAGAUCGGACUCUGCAGCAACAGAAUGUUCUGCUACGCCGUCCUCGGGUCCAUCAUGGGCCAGCUGCUGGUCAUCUACUUCCCGCCGCUGCAGAAGGUCUUCCAGACCGAGAGCCUGAGCGUCCUGGACCUUUUGUUUCUUGUGGGUCUCACCUCGUCCGUGUGCAUCGUGGCAGAGAUCAUUAAGAAGGUGGAACGGAGCCGGGAGAAGAGCCGGAAGCACACUGGCUCGACGCCAGCGUCCUUUCUGGAAGUCUGGCUCUGGGAGAGGAGAGGACAGCAGCUGGUUGAGAUACACCCCCAUCUGGAGACAGCACUGCCACUGACAGAAGACGUGAGCCGUGUCUAGAUCCAGUCCCGGGCCCGGCCGCACCUGCUCCUUCAGGCUCUGCAGCUCUGCGUGCAGCCUCCUAGCGCCAGCCUGCCGCAGCCGCUCCUCACCUAGAGAGACCAGCCACAGGCACGGUCCUGAAAGGACCGCUCCCAGCUGUCGUCUUCCUCCACAGAACACAAAUUCCACCAAGAAGAAAAUUAGUUUAAAGACCCGAAAGUGUUUUUUCUUCUGAUUUCAUAAUUGCCUUGCUGAACACACUGAAAUCUUUAUACUGAAAUGCCUUUUUUUUUAUGAUGAUGUUUUGUGCAACCCCAAGUCAUUUUUUUUCCUUGAAGUGAGAUCUCUUGCCCUGACCCAUUAACCUUCAACGUGUCUGCAUGUGGCUUCUCCAAACUCUAGUUCUGUGUCUAUGGAAAAUACAAACAGCUAUUAAAUCCCA